AUGGCCACUCAAAAAAAACUCAGUCAUCCUAUGCUCGGUCGUAGCAUUUCCGACAUCUUCGAGCAGCUUGAGCAAAAAAUCAAUCCUGGCUCUACUUACGGUCAACUCUUUUACUCAACUUCAGUCGCUUUCACUGACCCUCAGACUCAACAGGAAAAGAAUAUUCUUGUUAAACUCUGUGGAUAUGGCUCUGCUAUCACUGCACUGAUUGAAAACCAUGUAUAUUUGGUUUCAGGAAAAUUUAUUCCCCGGAACAUCAAGACUACCCCCGUCUUCCAUUAUGAUUCUGAUACAAUCAUCAAUCUCGGUGAGACUGCGCAGUUCUCACAAUCGAUGUGUGACAAACCCUCCGUACUUGGUCUUGAUGUAGUAGUUUCCAAAAAGGAGGUCAUUGACAGUGACGGAGAUUGUGCUUCAAAAACUCUACACGUCAUUUUGCAACAUACACACUAUGAUCCCGUGACCAAAUCCCAAGUCCAGUUCAAAUCUCUAUAUCACGUUGGGGGCCGCAAAAAUUUUGCCAACACUUUUGGACUGUUCCAACUUGGCAGAGAAGUACUGAUUUCUGGCAACAUUGUUGGCUAUUCUGAAGACCAAUUCAUGUGGAUUGUUAAUGCUAUUUCAAUAUCAAUUACUUCAGGCUCACAGUCAACUACUACACAAAGUUCUCGCUCAACUCAAAAGCCUGAGUUGGUUUCUCGUCGGCCAGGUUUAAUCUCAAUUGAGGAUCAACCAGAACCCGCUCACAUUGAACCGCAGACUCAGUCCAUUCCUAAUCCUGGACUGCUCACUCCUCCAAAUACCGUCUCUCAAGAGGCGGAAGUACAAUCUAAUACACCAGAUGCCCCAGAAUCUGGCAACUAUUACGAUAGCAUUGUUUCAACUAGCGGCAAGAAAAGAACUAAAAAAGAAAUUCUAGCUGACGCGAAGCGCGCAAAGAAAAACCUCAGCACAGCUACUCCGUAUGUUGGUUAUUAA